AUGUUAAAGGCAUGGGUUGCGGAGACGGAGAGUGAUCUGCCCAAGGAGUCUAGGGCCGCGCUGCUGUCCACAGAGGGCAACAAGAGCGCUCGAGGUGUCCGAGCCGCGACGACCCAAGUCAACUAUGUGGAGCAGAGCGUGGACUACGAAGACGAGGAAGAUGGCGCAGGAGAUGAGGACGACAGCGUCACCUUCUCGUCGUCCGACAACAGUGGCAAGGAUACCGACUAUGGAAGAGAGCUCUCCCCCUUGGAAGAAGGUGACUUUCGCACGGCCGAGGAGCUCGAGGACUUCAAAGAUGACCUCGCAGACCAGAAAGGCUAUGCCUUUUUGGCCCGCGAGCAGAAUUCUGACGAAGACGAGGUCCUCUGGAUGGAGGUGUUGGAUGACGACGACGAGAACUCCGGAAAGAAAUUGGCCGAGGAGAUACUGGACGUGACCAAUUCGGAGAUGAUGUUUGCGGAGAUGGGCAGUGAAUUCGCUUUGAAGAAGCGCCAGCGGUCCGCCGAGAGGGCAUAUGACAACAAGGAGAAGCUCGCCAAGAAGAGAAGAAUGGCGGAGGCGGCGCAGGCGGCCGCCGUUGAGGGCGACGAGACUUGA